UUUCGUGUGUACAAUUUUCGAUAUUUCACGUGCCCAAAUCCCAUUGUGAUGACGAACACGAUGUGAAAUAUGUGAAAGUAAAAAUGGCUGCCGUCGAGGCGCUAUGAUAUAUACAUUUAUACAAUACCGAAUUGAGUACAGUGUUACAUGAAUCUGAUGCGGAUCGAUAAUGACAUCGGAGCACCGCCAAGCAAACUGAUAUACAUAUAGAGAGGCCCCGCACACUAUUGAGAGAGAGCGAAAAAAAAAUAUGGAGGUUUCAACAACAAAAUAGCCAUCAUCCAUAAACGUAUCGCCUGUGAAAAAUUUCGUUGUGUCGUGUAAAAUUUUCAGUGAAUUUUUAUGAAAAAAUUAUCGCAACGACCGAACAAUGGUGUGUGCGAUUGAAUAAAGUGUUGUUUAUUUUGUAAAAAACGUCGUUUUGUGUGUGACAGUAGACGAUCGCAACAGUGCAAUUAAAUGAUGGUGAGGAAAUAGAUGUCUUUGUGCUGAAAAAAAUUAUUGCAAGUCCAUUCGUAUUUUAUACGAAGCUAAACAAAUACCAAAGAUUUAUUUACAAAGAAAAUAAAAAUAAACACAAAAGAAAAACGAAUCUCAGAAAUAUUUGAAAUAAAGAAAAAAAAAUUUAAAUAAAAUGAAUCAAGCAACGUAUAUUGGAACGGAAACAAUCGAAAUGAUUGAAGACGAUCAAAUCGAUGGCAUGACAGAUGACGAUGAUGAUGAGGGGCCAAGUAGUCCGGAAAGUGCAUACGAUGGUGAUUUAAUGCAUGACGAUGAAGUGACAGCACAACUAGCAGCCGCUGGUCCAGUUGGAGUUGCUGCUGCGGCCGCCAUUGCAUCGGCCAAAAAACGAAAACGACCACAUUCAUUCGAAACAAAUCCAUCGAUUCGUAAGCGUCAACAAAAUCGAUUACUACGUAAAUUACGGCAAACAAUUUAUGAAUUUGCAACGAGAGUUGGUCAACAGGCAGUCGUAUUGGUCGCAACACCGGGUAAACCAAACACCAGUUAUAAAGUGUUUGGUGCAAAACCGCUUGAAGAUGUUGUACGUAAUCUCAAGAGUAUCGUUAUGGAAGAAUUGGAAUCAGCAUUGGCACAACAAGCACCACCGCCCGUUCAAGAAGAUCCAUCAUUGUUUGAAUUACCACCGCUUAUUAUUGACGGUAUACCGACGCCCGUUGAAAAAAUGACACAGGCACAAUUGCGAGCAUUCAUACCAUUGAUGCUGAAGUACUCGACCGGGCGCGGUAAACCUGGAUGGGGAAGAGAAUCAACACGACCGCCAUGGUGGCCAAAGGAAUUACCAUGGGCCAAUGUUCGCAUGGAUGCACGCACAGAAGAUGAAAAACAAAAGAUAAGCUGGACACAUGCAUUACGCAAAAUAGUCAUCAAUUGUUAUAAGUUCCAUGGACGUGAAGAUCUGCUACCAGCGUUUUCGGAAGAAGAUGAAAAAGCCAAUCAACUUGCCACAUUAAAUUCAUCAGUCGCUAGCUCACAUGUUGGAGUAUUGAAGGUGCACAAUUCAGGUGUUACGACAUCAUCUGCGAACAAUGUUAGCAACACAAUUACCAAACAAAUUCAUAUACAAACACAACCGACCACGCAAACCAUUACCAAUGCACAGAUUAUCGAUUCAAUGUCAAUCAGCGAUGUAGAUUACACACAAGGGUUGUUACAUUCCAUUCAAAAUGCCGAUGGAACAGUUUCGAUCAUACAGGUUGACCCAAGCAAUCAAAUCAUCACACUUCCUGAUGGAACUACAGCACAGGUUCAAGGAAUUGCAACGUUGAGUCAAGGCGAUGGUGGAACCGUACAAACAGUACAAAGCAUUGAUACAAGUCAUGAAAAUAUGACGGUUGAUUUGACAGAGGCCACACUUGGACAAGACGGUCAAAUCAUUAUCACAGGCGAAGAUGGCCAAGGUUAUCCGGUGUCCGUCAGUGGAAUGAUUACUCUUCCGGUAUCAUCGUCAGUGUAUCAGUCAAUGGUUGCCAACAUACAGCAAAUUCAUACCAAUGGAGAUGGAACGUUAUGCAUAACACCGAUGCAGGUUGAUAAUGGAGAUGGAUUGGAAACGAUCACCGUUUCACCAGGAAUGCAUCAAAUGAUGAUUCAGGGACCCCCAGGAACCGAACCACAAGUCGUACAAGUGCUGAGUUUGAAGGAUGCAGCAGCAUUUACCAAAGUCAUUCAAGGCAUCGAUGUGAAAAAUGAAGGCGGCACAACGAUCAUUGAACACUAAACAAAUUCAUUUCACCAGUGACAUUUUGUUUUGCACACAGUAAACAAAUAAAUAAAUUUUAUCCAGUCAUUGUUUCAUCAAAACGCGUGAACGAGAGACCAUUCGAUUUGUAUUAUACGGAUAUACAAAACAAACACAAAUAUCAUAAAUAGUAUUUUUUUUUUCUGUUCCAACGAUUUCGUGAGUAGAACAUGUUUUCAUUUUAAAAGCAGAAUCAUAUUUGAUAUUAUGUAUGCGCUGAAUGUAUAGAAUUAAUAAGCAGUUCACUACUAAAUUAAGGGCUAAGCAAUCUUAAUAGGUGGAAUAUUCAUUUUCACAUACCCACACACAUAAUACAUUGUAAUAUUGCAUUUUACUAUACGAAUACUCUGUGUAACUUUGGUUGGAUUUUGGCUUUGGAUUUUUCAUUUCUACACAGUUGGACGCUAUUGGAAUGACAUCAGGCAAUUAGUUUUUGUACUCGUGUCAUAAUUUCGUUCUCGAUUUCGGUCAGUGUAUUUCAAAAACGAAAAUGUUGCUUUAACUAACAUUGUUAUGAUAAAAUUGGAAAGACAGGCUGAAAAAUGUUUUGUAAAUGUAAGUGACAUUGUCAACCGUUCACUUCACACCGAUGAGUAGAAAAAACAAUUGUCUGGUCAAUCCUCUUAAAAAAAAGUGUCCAAAACUGAUUCAACUAGUCUUUGGUAUCCUUCUGUUUCGGCAAUGUAAGACUUAUGUAAGAUUAAAGCAACGAAAUUCCGUAGAUCCAAAAUGGCCAAAUAAAAGAUAUUACCUGAAAAAUUAUGUUCAUACGCAAAAAUUGAUUACUCAACAGUUUAAUUGUUUGUAAAAUUAUAAAUUAUCUUUUGGCAACCAAGAAAAUCUCCUCAUCAAUCGCUUGUUUUUUUGUAACAACACAUUAAAAUACAAAAAAAAAGAUUAACGAAUUUUUCUAAAUAGCGCAAUUGAUGUAAUUUUUCUAAAAAAAAAAACAUUUUAAAGAAAAGGUUUGCAUAGUGAAUGAAAUCUUAGCUUAAGUAGAUAAAUUCUUUCGAUGUAACAUGCGAUUCUUUCGCAUUUCUUACACACACAGAAUAAUAUCAACGAUAAGUUCUUCAUUUUGAAUUUAAAAAAGGAACUUGCAUAUAUUUCGAAUGCAAAUGUAAAAAUUAAGACACAUAAAACAGCUCACAAUGAUCUCAAUAGGAUAAAAGAUGGUGUAUUCAAUGAUCAUAUUACCUGAAUUAUAUCUUGAAUGUAAUAAGAAAACAAAAUGAUAUUGAAAGCCUGUUAACAUGAUUUUCUGACAAGUGUACCAGAUUAGAUAUUGCAUAAGUUUAAGCAUCAAUUUAAUUCAAAAUUAUUCAAUUUGAAUCGAAGAACAUUGUGUGAACACUUUGCCGUUUUUAAAAGGCACUUAAGUUCGGACAAUCAUUCGAUUUAAAAAGUACAAACAGUUCCGCAAAGAAUCUCCAAUUUUUUUAAUGCUAACCAUAAAUAUUUAUUCGAUUUUUUUAAUUUACAUAUUUGCA